AUGGCCAACCAGGCCCAGGGAGAGCUCCUGCCUAAUCACCCGGCGCACGCCGAUGUCCAAGCACAAGCAGGCCACCACCGCGACCACCAGCAGUACCGCCUCCUCGACGCCGCACGCGCGCUGAUGCUGUUAGGAGCAGCAGCCGCCGUCUCUACCAUGUGCAACAACCCAGACGCUGACGCCGCGCAGGUCUUCCUCGGUUUCGUCACCUGGCUGCUCGGCGUGUGCCUCCUUUGGUUGGUGCCAUUACUGGCAAGUCGGUUCCCAGAAACUGAUCGUUUGGUCGGCGCUGCCAUCGCCAAUGCCGGCGCCGUCCUCAGUCGCUUCUUCAUCCCAUGGAACUAG